AUGAGUGCCAUGGAACACCUUGCCGCACCCGCUCCGGAAGUUGAAGUUGCCGAAGCAGAUAGAGCCAUCCCAUCUGCGUCAUUUGAAGUCGCCCCUGUUACUCCUUGUGAAGAUGCCUCAGUCCAAUCCGUUAGGAGUGUGGAACCAGCCAUGACUGUCGAUGAUCCCAAAAAGCUUGCACCCCCGAUGUCAAAAGAAGAAGCAUCGCAUCUCUCUGUUAAAGCUCUGAGGCGUUCUGGUAUUGAAUUCGAGUCCAAGGCUGCUGUUAUUCAAGGAGGAGUGAAAAAGGAUAUCUUUCGAAAAUGUUUACCACUUUUCUUUGACGAAAGGGACUUCGUUUCUUACGGAGAGGUAGUUCGAUAUAUGUUUAUCAAGAACAACUGUAUUCUUGUGUACACAGAUGACACAUCUCCCUUUCCCCUGUAUGCGAUUCAAAUUUCAGACGUUACAGUGGAACAAGAAGAUCCAAGAAAGCCCGACAAAUAUUCUUUUACUGUGUCUCCUCAACCGAACACAAACAAGCCUGCAGAAAACAUGUUGACGUUUAUAUUGAGGGACAAAGUAAAGCGAAAGAUUGCAUACCAAGUGACAUUCGAUACAACUAAUGACAAGAGUCUUGGGAAAAUGUUCAUGGAUUUGUUCCAACGGAACGCAAAAAAAUAUGGCGACGAAGUAAUUACUGCUUCGGUUGUAGGUUCAAACUCGAAGAUUGCAAAGAAUCCAAAGCCUUAG